CUCGUGCAAUUGAGAACGGGCCACGCCCCCCUCAACAAACACCUCGCCAAAAUCAAAGUAGCAGACUCACCGAUGUGCCCAACAUGCGAGCAAAGGGAAGAGACAGUACACCACUAUAUCCUGAUGUGCGAAGAAUACCAAACACAAAGAGACGCCCUCAGAGCAAGAACAACAGCUAGAAUGCUCAACCUCCGCGCCCUUCUUAAUAAUCCGAAGCACGUAGUACCCCAUCUCUUCCGCUACAUCGCAGAGACC